AUGGUCAUUCCAACACAAAAUGUAAUUGUCUAUGGAGCAUUAUCGGGAGUGUAUGGUUUGAUUUGUUUGGCAAGUUUAUGCAUUCUCAUCAGGGUUAUUCUCUCUGAUAUGAAACAUCGAGAGAAUUAUACAAAAUUUAUUAUGAGAAGAUUUGGAAGCAAUAUAAUUAGUAAACAACAUGAUGAUGAUCAUGAUAAACAAGAUGAUGGAUUGGAUCAUCAACACUCGGAUGAUGAUCCUCUCAUACGAACAGAAACAUCAUCAUCAGUGGCAAUUACAACAACAACCAUACAAUAUGAACAACAAUCGACGAGAACAUUUUCGGAUAAGAGAUUAAUGUUUGCUUUAAUUUCAAUUCUUUCAGCAGUAAGAUCAGCCCAAUUGGCAAUACAAGGUUCAGUGGUGCAAUUUUCCGAAUAUAGAGAAUUAUUAAUUAUUGUAAGCUCAAUGCCAGGAUAUGUUUUUGCAAGUACCAUGUUAAUGAUGAUUUUCUUCUGGACAGAAACAUUGAUAAUAUCAAAAAGAUUAUUAUGUGAGGAGAGGAAACAAAAUGAUUCAUCAUGUUCCACUUGGUUUAUUGCUUUUAUUACUUCAUCACGAUUUUUAAAGUGGCUAUUCUUCUCCAUCAAUUUUGUCAUGUAUUUUGUCAUGGUGGUAAAUGAUUGCUUGUUGAUUUAUCAAUUUACUGUUGAUUCCAAGCAUAGCUCCGAUUAUACAGAUCCAACACCCUAUACAGCCAUUGAGAUAGUGGCUGUUUCAAUUCCUACAUUAUUAUUUAUUGGAUGUGCUCUUUUGAUUUUUAUACUUGGAUUGAUUUUAUUGAGAAAAUAUUACAAGAAUUAUAGAACAUUUUCUAAUGUAUCUGCAUUAUACAUUAUAUUGUACAUUAGUAUUGUUACAGUGACAGACAUUAUUGUGUUGAUCGGAAGAAGUUCAGUAUUAAUUGCUCAAAUAUUUCUUUCAUGGUUGGAAACACAGUGGAUCACUAUUUUCUGUUACUUUUCUAUUGGAGAGGUUAUUCCUCUUAUUAUUUUGAAUUUUGCAUUGUGGAAAAUGAGUAGUAAUUCUGUUCAAUCCAUUGAAAAAUCAAAGACAGUAGAAAAUUCUAAAACAGUAACCACCACCAAACAAUCCAACUCUUCCAGAAACUACAAACCUAAAAUUAAAUCUAUGAGUAGAGCAGCAGAAUAUUACACGCAUUGGGAUGAAUCUACGGAAGACAUGGAUGCUGCCGUGUAUGUCAACAGAGAAGAUUACGAUAAUGCAACAGAGAGGGAUGUUGAUUCAUCUACCCAUAGUUCAUCUCCACAAGUUGCUGGCUACUCAAAUUAUGGGAGUACAGAUCAAAAAUCCAAAUCAAGAAGCGGAAGUAGUGUUGGAAUUCACGGAAAGAUCUCCAAUCCAGUUCCAUACGAUAGAAAACUUAAUUCUCCAUCUCAUUCAUUCCUGAAUAAGGUGGAUUCUACAAUGAUUGGAAAUAAUUCUCUUAGAAAUGCCUAUAACGAGUUUACUGGAGUUAGUGAUUAA